CUCAUGGUGGCGAUUGGCAACAAGUCUCUGUCUGACACGCUAUAGCGCAUAUACCCUAAUGUCACACGUGCUUUCAUGUUUAUUAUAACCUUGCAAUUAAUUUUAACUUAACACUUCAAUCUUACACUUAUUUUAAAGGAAACAACGUUUAAAAAAGAAAAACUCACGUGAAUAUUAGUUAGUUGUUUUUAUUAAAAAAUGAAGGAGACUUACAUUUCAACUUGUGAAAAAAAUUUCGUUAACAAAGCGAUCCUCGCAGAUACUCGCUUAGAUGGAAGAACUUUAUUAGAACCAAGACCACUUAAAAUAAAUUUUGGAGCAAAAUGGGGAUCAUGUUUGGUUUCAUUAGGACAAACAAGAGCAACAGCCCAAGUUUCUUGCGAUAUUCAAACACCAAAAGCUGCUCGUCCUAACGAAGGAAUGCUAUAUGUGAGUGUAAAUUUAAGUCCUUUGGCUGCUGAACAUUUUGAUGGUAGUAGAAGUUCGGAAGCUACUGCAGUUAUCAACAGAAUUUUAGAAAAAUGUUUGAAAGAAUCAAAAUGUGUGGAUUUGGAGUCUUUAUGUAUUGUAGCUGAUAAAAAGGUUUGGAAUAUAAGGGUGGAUAUAACGAUAAUCAACCAUGAUGGAAAUUUAAUCGAUUGUGCUGCUAUUGCUGCAUUAGCAGCUCUCAUGCAUUUUCAUAGGCCAGAUGUCACAUCCACAGGGGAAGAAGUAAUAGUACAUUCUUUUACAGAAAAGGAUCCUUUACCUUUGACACUCUAUCAUCACCCAAUCUGUAUAUCUUUUAUAACAUUUGAGAAUGGUAAAACCGUUGUAGAUCCUUCAUAUUUGGAAGAAAGAGUUGGGACUGCAAUUUUCACUUUAACUCUCAAUUCCCACAGAGAAGUUUGUAGUUUAUAUUUUGAUUACAUGGAAAAUACUGCCUUGGUUGCCGAUGUUAUUCCUUCUGUCUCAACUUUUGCUGCUAAUUAUGCAUAUGAACUUAUUAGAGAAGUAAAAGAGCUGGUUAGACAGGAUGUGGAAGCCAAAUAUAAAAAAGAAGUUCCUGAAAUGAAUACAUUUGCUCAAUGCAUUGCUACUGAUAAGGUUACUUCCAUGAUCAGUGAACGUAUUAAUAUUAAAUUAAUGACAUGGAAUCAUUACAACCAGGCAGAUGAAGAAGUUUCAUGUUCUAUGGAAACAGAUCCUGUCAAUGAAGAAAAAAGUGAAAUUAUCAAUGUAGGAAAUGGUACUGCAGAACUUGUAAUGUCAAAGUCCAAUAUCGCAGAAGGUGGUAAAAAUAUGUGGCACUCCUCAGAUUCAUCUGAUAAUGAAUUUGAGCAUUGGCAAGAUGUUGAAUUUGUAGAAGUAAAAAAUCGUCAAAAAACUCCUGCUGAAACUAUUGAUCUAGGUGGAGAUAGUGAGGAAGAAGAAACUACAGUUUUAAGUAAAUUAGACUUGGAAUAAUUAUUGUUAUAAGUUUAUGUAAAUAUUUGUACAAUUAACAAUUAUCUUGCAUGUAUAAACAUUAUUUCAUUACAACUUGUCAUUAAAAUUAAAUAUUACCAUGAA